CUCAGGAUCACCCAGCUCUCCAGCAGUGUUGCAAGGAUAGCUGGGGGAACUGUCCCCUGUGGCCUGUGAUCUACCUCCAUCCAGGGCUUAUUGAGGUGUUGUGUUCUCUUCUUGCUGUGACUCUUGCCAAGCAUGGUGCCAGAUGAUCAACGUGUCUGAAUCACUCACUCCUUUCCGCACCUCUAUGGAGGGGUCUGGCAAUGAAACAAACUGGAGCAUUUCCAUGCCUUCUGGAAGCAAAUACCACCUCUACAUUGGCUUGGCUUUGGCUAUAGGUUCCAGUAUCUUUAUUGGUUCUAGUUUCAUACUGAAGAAAAAAGGACUUUUGAAACUGGCAGACAGAGGAGUCACCCGAGCUGGACAAGGUGGAUAUUCUUAUUUGAAGGAAUGGCUUUGGUGGGCUGGACUACUAUCAAUGGGAUUAGGAGAAGCUGCAAACUUUGCUGCCUAUGCCUUUGCACCUGCAACCUUAGUUACCCCCUUGGGUGCACUGAGUGUUCUCAUAAGUGCUAUAUUGUCAUCCUAUUUUUUAAAUGAGAAGCUGAAUAUUCAUGGAAAGCUGGGCUGUGUACUGAGCAUUUUGGGGUCAACAGUCAUGGUUAUUCAUGCCCCAGAGGAGGAGGAGGUCACUUCAUUAGAUGAGAUGGAAAGAAAGCUGCAAGAUCCAGGGUUUGUUACAUUUGCUGUUCUCCUAACAGUCGUUGCCCUUGUCCUGAUUGUUGUUGUGGCUCCAAAGAGAGGUCAGACAAAUAUACUGAUUUACAUUUUAAUUUGCUCACUCAUCGGUGCCUUCUCUGUCUCAUCGGUGAAAGGCCUGGGCAUUGCCAUUAAGCAAAUGCUGGAGAGGAAGCCAGCCUAUCGCCAUCCAUUGGUUUAUAUUUUGGUGGGCAUCUUGGUGCUCUCAGUCAGCACUCAGAUCAACUAUCUCAACAAAGCACUGGACGUGUUCAACACAUCUCUUGUGACACCUAUUUAUUACGUGUGCUUCACUACAACAGUGGUGACGUGCUCCAUCAUCUUGUUCAAGGAGUGGAGUAGUAUGGAACUGGGUGACAUCAUUGGAACCCUGAGUGGAUUCUGCAGCAUCAUCAUUGGCAUUUUCCUAUUGCAUGCUUUCAAGAACACUAACAUCACCUGGAGUCAGCUGAUGUCCACUGUUGCCAAAGAACAGUCACUGCCACACUGUGAAUUGGAAACCAGGCACACUUUGCUGGAGACCAUGGAGGACCCAGCUUUGGUAUAUGAGGAGGACAAUGUUUUAUUCAGUCGAUGAAACUCAAGCAGUAUUCACCAUCAAAGUAUCAUGAAUUGCAAACUCAGCCCACCCAUGUCUACUAGAAUGCUCCACUUUUCUGCAGUCCUCUGGAAAUUUGUCUGUGAGACCUGUUAAGUGUGGGCCACUCCUCUCUAUGUCAGCAGUAAUGAAUGAAAUGUUGGCAGCAAUGAAUGAAAAUGUUCAGCAAUUAGGAUGACAGACAGAAACAUGGUGGUGAUUAUAUGUUAGGCAGUGAAAAACAUGGUCCUUUUUUAUGCAGCAUCUCUUCUUGGGAAAUUUUAGCAAAAAAGAAUGGUCUUUGUAAACCAAGUUUAAAAAAUGCAACUUUCUUUUAAUGAUAAAAGACAAUCCUUGCUGAAGUGGCAGGUGCACUGCUAUUAUCUUCAUGAUGGCCUUAAUAUUUCUGGCUUUCUUUAUAUUUUUAUAAUUUAUUGCCAAGCAAGCUUCUAGAUACUCUACAUGAAGGAUAUUCUUUGGAGACAUAAUAUGAAGAAAACAGUGUUUAACCCUUUUAGUUUUUAAUACAAAAUUUUAUAUAAGAUUUUUUCGCUCUCGAUGACUUGCCAAUGAACACUGAUUAGAUGUCACAAAAAAAUUUUAGCAAAUACAAUUCUUGAUAAGUCUCAGCUUUUCUACCCAAGGAAUCCUGAAUAGACUGUGAAUCCCUGAAUAUGUCUGUACUUUUUUAAAGCUAAGACCAAGUUUAAGAAAAAGAAAAUUCAUUAGAGGCCUGAAAGCAGUUGCUACUGGCUUAAAAAGUUACAUGAGGUUAUAGAAUUAAGUAUUCAAAGGUAGGAGAAAACCAGAACAUGCAAUUAAAAUUUUCUACUUUAUUUUAUAUUAUUUUGAGGAUUAAGAAGAGAAUUUACCUAUUUCCAUACUUCUUCCUAAUACAGCCAUCUAUUAAUUAGAACCCAUUUAAGCUUUUCAAAUUUUUUUCCUCAUUUUCUGGGAAGAUAUUGUUCCUUAUUAACAAUAAAGCAGUCCUGUUAAUUUUUACUCUUUUACAAGUGCAAAAUCCAUUUUACAAUCCAUGCACUACUUCUAAAAAUACUAGGUAAAGGAUGGGCUGUAGGCAAGGGGUGAGAAACAUCAGAAGGUCUUUUUUUUUUUAAGUUUGGAUUUUUUAUCUUUUCUAAAAAUUAGUAUUUGCCUCUAUUAGAUAUUUAACAAUAUAUUAACCUACCAGAGGCCUUGAAGAUUGGUAACUGUACUGCUGUACUGUAGUUCCUCAGUUGUGGUCACUGAUCUUCCUGUCACAAAAAAGUUUGCACAGUCCAUGGUUCACUCAUUACAAUCCUCUUUGUUUUCCACUUCAUAAGUAAGUGAGUAACAUCAGCAAUCAGACAUGUGUGUGGUGACAAGCUCAUCAGAAAACAGUAUUUCCAAUCUUUGGAUUUUUAAGUGUGAGUCCAGAAAGUUUGCCAGGGGAUGAUGCCAGCACUUCAGCAGUUAAAAACUGGUUUUAAUCAGCUGAGAUUUAUAUGCCAAGCAGAAUUUCCUCAUGAAGCAGGCUAUAUGUUUUCUAAUGUUCAAAUGGUUUAAUAGAAGAGAACAGUUUGGAUGGAUAGAAAAUUGUUCUGCCAAAGAAAGCUCAUCCUUUAUUUUUAAGAACAAAAGGGCUGCUGCUUAUAUUUCAUAUAUUUGUGUGGCAUCACUGUUAUCCAGCAAAAGGGACAUUUUCACAAAAAAUGUACUUGCCUUCAAAAUAUAAUGACAUUGUAUACAUUAUACAAUGUAUACAUUAUUUACAUAAUGUAUUCAUUGUAUACAUUAUACAUUAUACAUUUGGAAUAUUUUUCAGCUUGAGUGAUGAGAUUGGCAGAAAUUCUUUGCUAUUAAAAUGCUUGUGUUAAAAAAGCUUCAGACAAGAGAAUCUACUAACAGGGUUUCAUUACUUCUUUGUUAAUGCAGAGAAUACUUUGGUUUUAUGGACCAGAUUCAAGCUUCAAAGUCUUUAUAGUUAAAAACAAGUAAUACAAAUACUAAAAAGACUAAAAAUGGAAGGGUUUUUAUAGUUUGUUUUUAACAAAAACUUGAAUUGCUUUUCACUCUGAAUUACACAACUCAAAGAAUAACUGAGGAAAAUAUAUACUGUAAAAAAGAGAAAAAUAAAUGCUUUUGCAUAGUUUGUGGCCUCUUUAUUUGCUUAUGGACUCAUCACUGUGGUGUGACCAAAUGAGUUAUUUGUAAGAAAAAGCAACCAGUCCAGUUCUUGAAUGGCUGUGCGUUGGCAUUUUUUAAAUAUAUGUAAUAAUACUUUCUUUGAGAAGGGUGUGGACUCCUUAUAUACCAACUGCUGGCAAUAAUUAAUUUAUACCAAGCAAAAUUCCUGUAUUUCCUACUGGACCUGCAUAUCUGCUAUUACACAUAAGUAGCCACAAAUAAUAAAAGAAUGUUAUUUUCUAACAAUAUCAAAUACCCAAAGUUAAUAGUAAUUUUCAUGGUGCAUUUACAUGUAUAAGAAGUCCAUCAUGUUAGAAAUACAUUAGUGAUUAAUUUUUUGUAUAAAAACAUUUGUUG